ACUAGAUAGAAGUGUUCUGUGCUAGAUAGUAAGGUUAUGUAUCCUUUUUCUGUAGACUGUAGAUUUUAAAAUUAAACAUGUUUAAAUUAAUACAAAAAUGUGCGUUUCAUAACAAAUUAAGGGGCAAUGUAAAAUUAAAAAACGUAAGAACGUUCUUAUCUCAAGCUUAUUAUUGUCAAGAAGUAUGGGACCGUCGGUUAAACUCUCCAAUCUUGCAAAAAGUAAACCUUGAUGAAUUUUAUUAUGAAUUGGAUCAAAGGUUUCAAAAAACUCGUGAAUUGAGUGCAGUAGAUGUUGAUAUUUUCGCUAAUGUAAUUACAAAUGAUAAGUAUACAGAUGAAUUAUUAGAUGUUGUACAUAAAUUGAGACUUACAGCAGAUACUUGUAAUACUUUGAAUUCAACAUCUCAUGCUUUAGUCCGAUGUUUAUUACAGUUUGGAAAUAUGGAAAAUUUGUUAAACAUACUUGACGAUAGAUUGAAUUAUGGUUUAUUUUUGGAUUAUUACACAGCUAAUUUAUUAAUGGAUGUAUGUUGGAAGAAUAAAGACUACACAUCUGGAGCAAGAGUAGCUAGCCAGUUAAUGCUCCAAGAAGAAUUUGACCAUCCUGUCAGUCACAAUUUAGCACUCUUACAUUGUUAUAAUUACUUAUUAAAACCUGAGGGCUGGCCUGUUUAUCCUGCACCUGAAGAACCUGAAGAAGAUGUUAAAGUAAGAGUAAGAUUUAUCAGAAACCCCUAUGAUGAUGAACAUUUUGAUUUAAGAGAUCCGAAUAAAAUAGUUGGGAAGACUUUAGCUAUGUUUACAAAAGCAAAAGAUGAUUCACUAAACAAAUCUUUUAAUGUACUUGGAAAUGCUCUAUUUAAUAAAUUAAAUAAAGUCGAGAGCUGCAUUAAAGAUUGUCAGAGUAAAAAUAUAGUGCUAUUUAAGGAAAUAAUUGAUCUAGUUCCAAAUGAAAGUGAGGCUAAAAAAGUUGUAUCUGAAUUAAAACUAGAAUCAUCCAAUAUAUCUGAUAUUUUAGAAAACAAAUCUGAACAUGCUGUUAAUACUAUGUCUGAAAGAGAUGUAGCUGAUCAAUGUAAACUUUUUCUGCAAUGGGAGGAAGAAAGACAUCAAGCUUUAGAAAUACAAAAAGAUAGAUUGUCCAAAAUUAGAAGACUUAAAGAAAUUGAAGAUCUGCAGCAAGCUCUUAAGGAAAAAGAAACUAAAUUAUGGUUCUUUAAAAAUGAAGAAAACAUUGAACUAGCUAUUGAACAAAAAGAAUUAGCAUCUCCAAAAGAAGAAGAAUCUGCUGUGGUAGAGACUGAUGAUAAUUACAUACCUCCAGAAGUACAUAGCAGACAAAAAAAAUAAAUUUUAUUUUUUGUUAAAUCUAGUACUAAAGUUCUUUUUUGUGAUUUUUUACCUGUAAAAGUAUAUCAAUAAAACAUUUAAAAAUGUGUGAGAUGCUACAUUGGUGGUUCCCACCUUAUCGAGACAUGUC